AUGCUCUCCUUCAUUCUGAUCCAGAAUCGCCAGGGCAAGACCCGUCUGGCCAAGUGGUACGCCCCGUACAGCGACGACCAGAAGAUCAAGCUCAAGGGCGAGGUCCACCGCCUCGUCGCCCCCCGUGACCAAAAGUACCAGUCCAACUUCGUCGAGUUCCGCAACAACAAGAUCGUCUACCGCCGCUACGCCGGCCUCUUCUUCUGCGCCUGCGUCGACACCAACGACAACGAGCUGGCCUACCUCGAGGCCAUCCACUUCUUCGUCGAGGUCCUCGACGCCUUCUUCGGCAAUGUCUGCGAGCUCGACCUGGUCUUCAACUUCUACAAGGUCUAUGCUAUCCUGGACGAGGUCUUCCUCGCUGGCGAGAUCGAGGAGACGAGCAAACAAGUCGUCCUGACGAGGCUGGAGCACCUGGACAAGCUGGAGUGA